UUAUCUCCAGAAGAUUUCAUCGAAACAAAUAAAGUCUUUGGCUCGCUGGAUUUGGUAACAUGAAAAUCAGUGUUUCCCUACGAAUACGUUGACUGCCAGAGCAAAUUGGAUGAAACGGUACUACCAGCAAUCGAUAAGUUUUAUAGCUCUUUGACAAACUCAUCGAUAACAGAAGAAUAUUAUGCUCAUGCAGAAAAUGUAUGGAAAAAAUUUCAAUGUACAACCUUGGGUGACUACAGCGACGUUUAUUUGAAAAUUGAUUGCAUGAUACUCACCGAUGUAUUUCAAAGAUUCCGUAGGCAAUGCUUAAUAAAUUAUAAACUGGAUCCUGCACACUACUACUCAUGUCCUGGACUAUCAUUUGAUGCCAUGUUGAAAUAUACAGAGAUAGAGCUAGAACUACUAACUGAUUAUGACAUGCUGUUAAUGUUUGAGCUUGGAAUUCGUGGUGGACUUACUCAAGUCAUGCAGAGGCAUUGUCGUGCUAAUCAUCCAGAUGUUCCGGACUACGAUUCGACCCAACCGAAAAAGUUUAUACAAUACUUAGAUGCUACGAGCUUAUACGGCACAGCAAUGAUGGAACCCAUGCCAUAUGGAGGAUUUAAAUGGAUUGAUAAACCUAUAGAGGAUAUCUUGACUGUACCAGACGAUAAUUAAUUCGGAUACAUUGUGGAGGUUGAUGUAGAUUACCCAGACUACAUCCAUGAUACUCAUAACGAUUUACCUUUCUUGCCAGUCAAUGAUUGUCCCCCAUCUUCUAAAUAUCCUAAAUUAA